AUGUUCAAGCUCUUAUCAGCAAACAUCUCAUCUCAUCGAUUGCUACGCUCUGCAAGCUUGGCAUUAUGGCUAACCAAACCUGCAAGUUCAGUUGCCAGUAAUGUUUUUAUGAGGCGAUACACUUGCAGCAGUGCUCUGCUGGAAAGUUACAAUGCUGGUAAAUCUGUGAAUGAAAUACUGAGGAAUGCACGAUAUUAUCUGCCUCAACACACUCCAAUACCAAUGCCAGCAAUGUCACCAACCAUGAAACAAGGUAAUAUUGUUUCGUGGAAAAAGAAAGAGGGUGACAAGUUAACAGAAGGUGAUCUGAUGUGUGAAAUUGAGACCGAUAAGGCGGUUAUGGGAUUCGAGGCACCCGAAGAUGGAUAUUUGGCAAAAAUCAUUUUGGGUGAAGGGACGAAAGAUGCUCCGGUUGGGAAGCUUCUGUGUAUUAUCGUACCCGAACAAUCCGACAUAGCCGCAUUUGCUAAUUUCACGCCAACAGGAAGUGAUGCCGCAAUGCCAUCUUCCACUACUCCAGUAGCUUCGUCACAGCCCCAAUCUGCAGCUCCACCACCUUCACCUCCUCAAACAGCUCCGAUUCAACCUGUCGUAUCAGCGCCACCUUCAGCACCUCAAGGACACAUCGGAAUAACACCAUACGCUAAAAAGCUGGCGCAAGAGCGAGGAAUAAAUCUCCAGGAUGUGAAAGGUUCUGGUCCAGGUGGACGAAUUUUGGGAUCCGAUUUAAGCACAGUUGGUGGCAGUUCUGUACGGAGCGGUCCUGUUUUCUCAACACCCUAUGCGAGAAAACUGGCUGCCGAAAAAGGUGUCAGUCUAUCGGUGCGUUGCUAUUCCACUGGUGUCGUUGACAUGCCAUUAUCGGCAGAAAGAAUGGCUGCAGCUCAACGUGCAAUCGACAGUAAACGCUCCAUCCCAAACUACUAUCUUUCAUCGUUCAUAUGUCUCGAUGAAACUAUGAAAUUAAAAGACAAAAUAAACAGUCUACUAUCGUCAAGUAAAUCCGAUUCAGCAGAGAUCACGCUGAAUGAAUUUAUCCUGAAGGCAUCUGCAGUGGCUUGCACUCGAAUCAAGGAAGCGAACAGCUUCUUCAUGGAUACUUUCAUAAGACAAAACAACAAUGUCGAUAUCAGUGUGGCCGUUAAAACUGCAUCGGGUGAUCUCGUAUAUCCAGUAGUCUUCGAUGCACAUCUGAAGGGACUUACGACAAUCAGACAGGAAAUUGAUGCCAUGAAAGCAAAAGCAAUGGAAGGAUCGUUAUCCGCGCAGGAUACAGAGGGCGGCACCUUUACGGUAUCGAAUAUGGGUGACUGCUCAGGUGUUCAGAACUUUGCAGCGAUCAUAUUCGCGCCCCAGGCAUGUCAUCUGGCAGUUGGACAUCCAGAGAAGCGAGUUAUUCCCAAUGCUGAUGGCGGGUGGGAUAUUGCGUUUGUAAUCGAAGUGAAUCACCUCAUUCGGUUCAAAUUUCUUUCAGAUUACUGGUGA